GUAUCACUCGCCGUCAUCGCUUGGAGGUCCUUUGUUUCAAAGACGCCAGGUUGUCUUUCAUCGUCACUAGGCUCAAUCUCCACUUGAUCACUACAUAAACCUCGCCCAGACGAUUUGGAUGGACGCGUUUCUCACGAUUUUGCUUCGGCUCAGGCUUGUUUGAUAACCUAAACGGCGAGAAAAGCGCAGCACGAUGUCUUACCGAAGGUACUCAAGCACAGAAGUCUACGGCUCAUACACUGCUGAGGAUACGGUUCUGGUCGACCGGGUGUUCAAUGAUGAUAGGCUUCAGAAAGCCAUCCAGUACUUGAAGACGGAGGGCGGUGGCGACGCAAUCGACUUGUACCUGACCCGUGUCCGAACCAUCGACGAACACAUCCUUCGGCAAUUGCCGGCACAAGGCAAAUCCUUCAAUCCAAGACUAUAUCAACGCUUACGGGAUUUGGUGCGAGAAGUCCAGAAUGACGGUCAGGCUAUCAACGACGAAGAAAGCUCGCUAGAAGUCGUCAACGAAUCAAGUGUUGAAGUGUUGUACAAAGGCACAGAAAACGAUAGCGACAUCCACCCCUAUCCCAAAAUUCCCGGUGUAACACUCCCACCCCAGUCUACCAUCAAGACAAAGACAACCCCAGGUUCCGGAGUUCCUUCUGAGAACCAAGCCCAAGUUCGCUUUGCAAGCGACAUCCGCACCUCAGGUGACGAUGAUGUGCGUGAGAAGCAGUUCCUGUACGGCGGACCGAGCAAUGAUCCUGAGGUGUGGUACAAGAGGUCAGCACCUCUUCUACACAUAGGCGAAAGCCCUUAUAUGGAGAGGUGGGAGAGCUGGAAGGCCGUGCGCGAUCUUGCCAAGGGUCGGGGCAAGUCACUAGACGAGCUCGAGAGCCCGCCGGUCUUCAAGCGAGAUAAUAUGUACGACUCUGGAUCCAAGUACAAGCUGCCGGCCACUGUUGCCAACGAAUGGUCUCAGAACGAGAAACAACGUGCCAAACUGCAGAAAUUGUGGCGUGCUGCGGCUGAGUGGUUCAACAUUGGAAGGCGUCUGUCGCCAUUAAAAGCGCCUCCAGAGGGAAAGGACUACGCUCCUCGCAUGACCUUGCCUCUUAUCGGCGAAAUCAACAUCAAAUCAUUCGCAAGGUCGACCCCCCUUGUAAGCGAAGGACACGAAGAUUCGUCAGCGGACGAGGUCUCCUAUACACAACUUCCUACGCCAAAACACUCGCCUUUGAAAUCUGGAAGGUUCCCACGGUUGCCCGAGACGAACUUGAGAAAGUUCAACAGCAUUCGUGAAGCAGCGACCCGCAGAGACAAGUCCUCGCCGCUCAGUCCUAGUGAGGGGCCAGUCCUUAGAACAAGGGCCGCUCUUGCUACUACUCCUACUCCCGAGACGCGAGUUAAACCAGGGCUAACGGCUGGGGUCAAGGAUGGCAAACGGAAACCAGGCGGACCUGUUACCAAGCUGCAAAACAUAUCUCCCACCCCCACGUUCUACCCGUCAAUCAAUCUCAACACUACAUUGUCCGAGGAAAAGCUGAAAGGUUCCAUCGACGAACUUUUUGAAGACUUCGACGAAUUCCGACAACAGAAGCGGGCUCGUCUUGCCAGCAAAAUGAAAGAUCCGACAUACCAUCCUCCGCACUGCCUCAGUCAGGACGAGGACUCGCCAAUUACCCCUGCCGAUGCAACAAUUGAGGAAGACCUUGAUGAGCUUUUCGGAAUCAAGUCUUCCAAACGAAAGCGAGGCCGUACUGCCAAGAACCCAAAAGAUUCGACUUACCAUCCCCCGAGGCGUAUCAGUCAAGACGCGGACUCCCCCACAACUCCAGACGAGACAACCCUCGUAGCAGAGGUCAACGAGCUUACAGGCUUUGCGUCCGCCAAAUCUCAGCUUGUCCGCUACCAGAAGCCCCACAAGUCGUCCACCGACCCAGACUGGAAACCAGACCAAAGCCCCCUCACCCCAACCAAGCGAAAGCGUGACGAGAGUCUAGACCUCACGCCGUCGAGCAAAAAGCCCAAGAGAUCCAAGGCUUCCUCUUCAAAGAAGAAGCAGACCCCGUCAUCCUCUUCCCCACAUGUUGAAUUCGCAGCCGAAACGCCCACGCCGAAGAAAAAAGCUGAGCCGAGCAGGAAGGUGACGCCGUCGAAGAGCGCAAUUAAGAAGACGAAGCGGACGUCCGCCGAGGACCGCGAGCUUGCGAGUACGGAGACGCUGGAGAGGAGGGGGAAAACGAGGUCGAACAAGGACUUCAAGCCUAAGCGGCUGAGGAGUCGGGAUGAGACGAAGGAGUAGUGCUGUUUGAGAUGCUUGUGCGUGCAAAUUUUAUGGCGUGUAGUCUUGUAGUUUUCUUUAUUACGUCGGGAUAAGGCGUAGAUCAUCUGCUGUGCAUUGCGG